CACAAUUCGGUCCAGACCCUCCAUCACAGCCCUUAAAGCAAACUGCACGCUCGGCUAUCUUGACUUUAGUACUUGGGUUUUACCCCUGACUGCCCGAUAUGGACAGCAAGGAACUGAUUAACGAACACAAGCACAUCAAACAAGGCUUUGUCCUUGCAACCCUCAUCUCCACCGUUGCCGGCACCUUCAUCACCAGCCUCAAUCUCUAUGAUCGCCUCAUCGAGCAGCGCAAGCAAAAGAAGCGGGACAAGGGCCAGAAUAAGAGGAUCAAAGAGCUCGAAGAGCGCUUAAACGAGGCAGAGGCCGAGAAGAAACGAUUGAGAGAGGGAAGCAGUGGCGGGAAGGACAGCCAUGACGGUCCUGACAACUUCAGAAACUCUCUUCAGCAGAGCAGCAACGCGGUCCAGCAAGAAUAUGAGCGUUAUUUUGCCAAUCUGGGAUCCAAGUUUGCCCAAGGAGACUUGGUAGCGCAAACCCAACUCCAAAGCCAAAUCAUUCUCCUCCAAGGCAGCGUCAUCAAGCUGCUCGAGGAGGCGCUCCUGACGGGCACGAUCCCCGACAUCAACAGGCUCUACAACACGUCCGAGUUCGCGCGAGAGGGCAGCCUCCGCGCCCUGCGAGACCAGUAUCAACGCCUGCUGGAAUCCUCCGCUCCUGUCCCGCAGCAGCGAUUGCGGCCUGGACGACCUACGGGCCCCGUGAGGCGCAUCUCAUCCACCCCUUCGCUCCGCGAUUAUUACUCCUCUACAGCUGCCGACUCGGCGAUUUGGACCGGGCAACGCCAACUGGGACCGGCAGCACCACGCAAAACACUCGCAUCAUACGACCGGCCGCCGCCACCUUCUGACCCGCUGUUCUGCCGCCUUGCCCAGGAUGUCCAGCGCACCGACAGGCCGCUGGACAGCUGUCUUACUACCACCGACCGUUCACCGUCGUCAAUGUGCACCACGUGCGGUGCUGCAAUUGGGCUAGAUGUAUGGCGUGUAGAGAAAGAAGUCGCGGUGAGAGGGCGGGAGUCAGACGACGAGUCCGAGGUCAUUGUGGUGCGGACGUACCUGCUGACGCGGCGCUUCCUCUUCAAGUGCCACCGGGAAGGGUCCGAGUAUGCGUGCUAUCUGUGUUUCCGCAACCGCGACAGGGACACGGUGUGCAGGUCGGAGGAGGGCCUCGUGAGCCACGUCACGAGCAAGCACAGCACGGCCGAGUACGAGGCGGACAGAGACAUCAGGGACCUCAGUCGGGCUCUCCCGUAUCGGUAGUUGUGGGUGAACAUAAGGUACGCAAGCAGUUGAGGGAAGUGGAGAUAGGAGAUGUGGCACAUGUUGAACGUUUGUUUGCUUGUUGAACGUACUUCGGUUAUGUAGACUUCAGAUACGAUACC